GUUUCUUCUGCCUGUAGAAGCUCCAUUUUCCUUCCUAUCUCCUCUGGCACAAGGCAUGGUGUGUGGCCAGUAUUGAUUCCUGCUUUCUACUCUUCAAUUUUUGUAGAAAUAGGGAGAGUCACUCCUUCUACAUGCAUAUGGUUCCUGGAAGGUGAAAUUUUAAUGUAAACCUUUGUGAGAUAUUCACUUCUGAAUGACAAAGGAAAGAUGUCUUCUUCUAAGGGUCUAUUGACUUUCAUGGAUGUGGCUAUAGAGUUCUCUAAGGAGGAAUGGGAAUGUCUGGAUUCUGCCCAGAGAGCUUUGUACAGAGAUGUCAUGUUGGAGAAUUACAAAAACCUGGUUUUUGUGGGUGUUGCUGUUUCAAAGUCAGAGGUAAUCUUCUGUCUAGAACAAAACAGAGAAACAUGGAUUGUUGAUAGAGAAGAUAUGGAAGGAAAAAAACAGGUCUGUCAUGUGAUUAUACCAAGAAGCUACUCCUCAAAGGACAUACACAGAAUUGCAUCCACAACAAAAUAACACGAAGAUUUGUAUGCAGUACACUUUCAGAUCUAUAUCAAAACAAGUUCUGGGAAUAUAGAUGUGAUAGUACAGAGUAUGAACUAUUUGAUUAUGGAAGGGGUCAAUUGGAAAAGCACAUCUUUUUCAUUUCUGAAAAUUAUCAAAAAGCCCUAACUUCCCCUGAAAGAAGUCAGCCUUGUUUACACUCAUUUUCACAACUGGAGGAUUCUCAAGGAAAUAAUUCACAAGAUUUGAAACAUAACAUUAUUUUUCACGGAAAUACACAAACAUUACAAAGUGACAUUUGGAAGAAUAAAUUGUGUUUCCUGAUUUAUAUAUUACAGAAUAUGAGAUUAAACAGUGCUUUGGUGAUUUAUGAUCAAAAGAGAUUGUGGAGCAGAGAAAAAGGUACUGAAUAUCAUCAAGGUGAAGGAAACUUCUCUCAAAAUUUAUGGCAGUUCCCAAAACAAAACCUACUCAGUGACAAGUUAUACAAUGUAGAUCAACAUAAGAAAGAAUCUAUGAAUGCAAUGAAUCAUGGAAGAUAUAAUGUGAGAGGUAAUUUUAAAAGCUCUCACAGAAUAAUUGAUAUUAAUAUAGGCUAUGUUAAGAAUCAUUUACUAAUGUAUUAAAAAACCAAUCAAUAUAGAGAGAUAUUAUAUCAAGAUAAUGCCAUAUUAGAAGAUGCUAUUUGUAAAACAAAUCUAAGUGAAAAUCAGAUAAGCAGCUUUAUUCCAGAAUAUCAUUAUAGCAAGCAUAGAAAAAUGGCUCUGUCUAAUCACUGCUCCCAGUCUUCUUUGCAACAGUAUAACAUACAAAAACUUUGUAUAAAUGAAAACAAGAAUGCCAUUUUAAGUGAAUCUUCAAUUCAUAGCUGUUAUACUGGACCAUGGAUAAAUGGAGAGUCUAAGAGAUACCUGUAUGAAACAUAUAGGGAUGCCUCAAAUGAACCAUUAAGCUUUGAGAGGCCACAGAAAGCAAAUAAAUGUAAUAAGUAUGGGAAAUCAUUUAUCCAGUCCUCAAAUCUUCAAGCUUAUAAUAGAAUUCCUACCCAAGAGACACCUUACAAAUGUAAUGAAUGUGGAAAAUUCUUUACCUGCUCCUCAAGUCUUAAAGCUUACCAUGAAAACUUUAAAGGAGAAAGACUUCAUAAAUUUAGUAACUGUGGAAAAUCAUUUUCACAGUCCUCAAAAUUUCAAGUUCACUACAGAAUUCACCCAGGAGAGAAACCUUACAAAUGUAACAAAUGUGGGAAAUUUUUUACACAGAACUCAGACCUUAAAGUUCACUACAGAAUCCAUACAAGAGAGAAGCCUUACAAAUGUAAUAAAUGUCGGAAAUCUUUUCCACGGAACUCAGAGCUUAAAGUUCACCACAGAAUCCAUACUGGAGAGAAGCCUUACAAAUGUAAUGAAUGUGGCAAAUCUUUUACAUGGAACAAAGUACUUAAAGUUCAUUACAGAAUCCAUACAGGUGAGAAACCUUACAAAUGUAAUGAAUGUGGGAAAUCUUUUACAAAAUCCUAAAAACUUCAAGUUCACUACAGAAUCCACACAGGAGAGAAACCGUACAGAUGUAAUGAAUGUGGGAAAUCUUUUACACAGAACUCAGGAUUUAAUGUUCACUACAGAACCCACACAGGAGAGAAACCUUACAAAUGUAAUGAAUGUGGGAAAUCUUUUACAAGGAACACAGACUUUAAAGUUCACUAUAGAAUCCACACAGGAGAGAAACCUUACAAAUGUAAUGAACGUGGCAAAUCUUUUACACAGAACCACAUGCUUAAAGUUCACUACAGAAUCCACACAGGAGAGAACCCUUAAAAAUGAAUGUGGCCAAUCUUUUGUACAGCAGUCAGAGUUUAAAUAUCACUACAGAAUGCAUACAGGAGAGAAGCCUUAGAAAUAUAAUGAAUGUGGCAAAUCCAUUACACAACACUCAGAUCAUAAAGCUCACCACAGAAUCCUUACUGGAAAGAAACCUUACAAAUGAAAUGAAGGUGGCAUAUCAUUCACUAACUCUCCAAGUCUUUAUAUUCACUACAGAAUCCACACAAGAGAUAAACCCUACAAACGUGGACUGUGUUGCAAUCUUUUACCUGGUCCUCCACUUUCCAAUUCCAUCAAUUAACCCAUACUGGAAAACAAACUUGUAAGUUUAGUAACUGUGGUAAAUACUUUUCCCUGUCCUCAAAUCUUCAAUAUCACCUCAAAAUACAAACUAGAGACAACCUUACUAAUGUAAGGAAUGUGGAAAAUCCUUGAUAUGGAAAUAAUGCCUUCAAAGACAACCCAGCAUGCAUCCUGGAGAGAAAUAUUACAAAUAUAUAGGACAUGCCAAAUAUAUUAGCCCAACCUCAAUGCUUUGAGCCCAUAGAUCCAUGCAUGGAGAUAACUUAAUAGAAAAAUUAUUGUCCCAACAUUCAUAAGGAAACAUUAUUUAAAAUGAAAAAAUUAUUGUCAGAAUUUAAAUAAUAUUGGAACCCUAUUAUCAGAGAAUUCUCAUAAAGAAACUCUAGAUUGAUAAUAUUCUAAAACAUUUUUGCACAAAAUUCAACUUAAAUACUUAUUUCAAAAAUAAAACAUCAAAAAUUCUUUCACCUUCUAUUAAUUAUCUGACAUCAUUAAUAAUUGUAUAGAAUUCAUUUUUAAAUCAUUAAACAGUAUUCUAAAGUGAAAGGAUUUUAACCAGAAUAAUAGUAAUAAGUAUGCUAAUACAAGCAUGUUGCAUAAUGUUUAUAGUUUAGUAUGGGAGGUAAUUAGUAUUUAUGAGAUAUAUUCUCUUUGAAGACUAUUGUGUUCUUAUACUUUGAUCUUUUUAAAUAGUAAUUUUAAUCUCUAAUCCCUCCUUUUUACAAUUAUCAAUAAAUAUAUUAGAAUUGUCUAUUA